AUGGACGCGUGGAUGCCGGUCAACACCGUCAAAGGGUGGGUGGUGAUCCCCCAAGUGUGUCUUCUCGGACCCCACACCGUCGACGAAUUGAACCGCCAUAUGACUGAAGACCCUAAUUUUAACCUAGAUCAGUGGAUCAACUCCACGUUUGCCAUCGCCCCGAAGCUGGGACGCAAAAAAUGGCAACAGAUGGCCCUAGAGUUGAAUGCGAACGAGUUUGAUGGCCAGCAAUCGGUGAUGGAACAACUCCGGAAAAAACUGGGUAAAUUCCAACGUACUCGAGACGAGAACGGUAAAGCGGUAGUGUAUGGUACUCCGACAUUGCAGCACGGGUACUACUAUUAUGUGGUCAAAAACCGCGACCCUAAGGAGCCGUUAAAGGACGUUCAAGCCCGCUGGCGUGAAUUGGAGCCAGCCGAGAGAGACCUGUGGGUCGAAGAUUAUAAGCAGUUACUCGCGCUGGGAUUCGACGUCAGUGGCUCGAAAAUCAUCACCAUUGAGGAGAGGGUGGCGGAGGAUGAGAAAAAGAGAGAUCAGCUUCUCCGCCGUCAACAAGCAAAAGCAGCCUCAGCCGCAGCCGAGAAGGCGCCCUCGGAUUAA